AUCAAGCACUCAGUCAUGGAGCCUUUUCACUCGUCUCAGGAUUUUGUGCGAGCCUUGAAGAGCUCCUCUGAUCCUCCAUUCCCUGAAGGACCUCCGAAAAUUGAGAUUGCAAAGCAGGCAUGGGAUAAUAAAGCUUUCUAUGUCCCUAGAAAAGAGGAAGUUAUUGCGGAUUGGGUGUUGAUUAGACUGCUUAAAGAAAAAACGACCGCUCCUGUGGAUGUUCGUUAUUGGGGCCUCUUACUCGAUGUCAUCUCGUCUCCGCAAGCCUCCUUAAGGACAUGGCUGUUACCGCUUUUGAAUCGUAUCCCGGUCCUACCUGUCGUCGUUUCCCUCCUCAGAGGCCUAUCAGAUGUUGAUAACCAAGUUCGGCGACACCUAAUGCUCCUUACAUGCAACUGUCUGGCGAUAUUGUGGCCGCUGGCAGUACAUAAAUUUACCACCGAAAAUUUGUUGGAGUGCUUCGGAAUAUUCUUGUCUUCUGCACAGUGCUGUCAAUCGGACAGGAAUCACGAUCAGAUUGGACAGUGGUUAAUUCACUCAUUCAUGUCCUCCCUCAAUAAUUCGUCAAUGAAAAAGAAGCUUUAUUCUACAUUUACCCAAAUGUACCUUUGUGAUUGGAUAGCAUACACUAGUCCAGAAGCCGCAAGCUCCAUUCUUGGGGAGAACAUAUAUGCUGCUGGCGUUGAAAUCCUCUUCAGCCUCGAUAUCCUCCGGCAGUCUGUUGACGGUGAAAUUGCAUUUUUCGACGUCCUGGAGGGCGUAGACAAACCAUCACUUCUGGGCAACCUUCCUCGCAUAUUUCGCUCGUUCGUAACCACCGCAAAACGGUUUCGCGGGGCACUAUUCGGACAGGGAUCAUCGCGGCAGUCGACAGGUGGGGUAGAGGAAGUUCGAGCGGCGGGGAUGUGCUUUUUCGUUUCUUCUCAGCCUUUGUUAGAUGCCAGUGGCCUAGAAGCCAGAGCUUGGAGGGCUCAGGUGGGAUUGUUGAAGGUCAUCGAUGAAGAAGCACUGUUCUCCAACAGUCAGCGAGAUUUUGAAGGGGUCUUCGCAAAGGUCGUCGAGAAUGCCAUUUCAGUUCUCAGCACCACUAGCGCUGCAGAAGAACAACAGAACAUUGUCUCGCUUGUAGCUGAUGUGCUCACUAUGAUCGCCCGCAUAGAGUACAGUAUCCUAGAAGCGGCAUUGCCCAGGAUCUUACCCCUAAUAUUAGUGACAUCCACUGUCGACUCUUUCUUCUCGUUACUGGAAACUCUAUUGGAUUAUCACUCCAAGACUCGCACCCUGAAUACUCACAUCUCCGUCAUACUAUCAGCGCUUGGACGAGACCAGAUAACGCCCCUCCUCGACGACGUUAGGUCGGCCUAUCAGAUCGCCACGGAAGCGUCUGCACUUGUUCAUCCUGCUCAUUUUGAUCGCUUGGUUAUAUCUAUUCGGACUUUCCUCACUUCCACUCAAAUACUACCGACUAUUCGCUCAAUCUUUGAAACUCUUGCUUCGUGCUCUGAUGCGUUCUCAGCUGCACAAGAAACCCUGUCGGAGCACAUCAAAAAAGUAAAGAAGGGGAAAUCACCUAUGGUUGCUUCCGAAGACAUCAUCCACGAUUUGGACGUGUCAGCUUUCUGUCUGACACUCUCGUGUCGGAUAUCCACUGUUAUUCUAUCCGCGAUAUCGCAGCAAUCGUUACCGUCCUCAAUUCGAGAAGAGACGCACCGCUCUGCUGACGCUUUCCGGAGCGCGUCACUGUGUCCAGUCCUAUCCAAGUCUGUAAGAUUUCUGAACAAAACAAUUAGUACUCACUCUCAUGAGGUGUGGGGAUCAUCGGUGGGAGUGUCAUCACUUCUCCGUCUGCAAUACUCCAUGGGCGCUCAGCGUUGUCACUCAUUGACCCCAGAAGAUUCAUGGGAAAGCAAAAUGUUGACGAAGCUCAUGGUGUUAAUGGACGAAAGCAGUGAUGAACAUGGAUACCCUAUUUAUCCUACUAUGAACUUUGAGAUUUUUAGAACUCUGCUUGAUUCUGUCGGCCAUGAUAUUGAGGAGCACGCAUCUUUAGUGGACAAAUUGAUUGCCUUUGUUGCACAGGGCUCGAUAUCCCAAGAUGCUAGCCGUACACAGAUUGCGCUGCUUCAUCUUCUUAUCGACCAAUGGCUUCCAAUUCUAGAUGAUUUGGCAUCCGAUGAGCAAUUGAGAAAUCUUGUUAGCGUCAUCGUCAGGGACGGUAACACCGUACUCCAGCAUUGCCUGUCAUCGGCUCAAGUUUGGGAGUUGCCGAGCUUACGCAAUGCAUUCCUUGCGUAUUUUGAUGAGGCGACAUCAAUACUAAGAACUAAUGACCAGCGACCGGAGGACUCUGUCCGAAAUGAUAGUACAACACGCCGUGACAUAAUACUUGUGUUCCGUAUUCUACUGGCGUUCCCAGUUGAGUAUUUCUCUCGGCAGUCACGGUUAAAUUUUGCGAAGAAAGCAUUAUGCGCAGAUACGUCGAUCUGUGGCUCGACAAACGAAGAUCAGGAAUACAUCUCCCAAUCUGCAUCAGUGCUCCGCACUUUUGCGAGGCGGGUAUUCUCACAUCUUGGCGUCAUUGACAGACCGCUUGAAGAUGUUCCGUCCUACUUGGAACAUUUAAUGACAUCUGGCACAGCUGCCAUAACCAAGCAAGAAUUGACGCUUGCCACGCUGGAUCUUGCUGAGUUUUAUCUAUCCUCGCUCUUGAAAGAAGAGAAGAGCCAUCGCUCAGCCGCGGCGGAACUAUUGUCCGGCUUUCAUUUGAGGCUGCAGCUCAGUUCUUUCCUUGAGCGAGACGUCCGUUCACAGUGCUUCCAGCGAAUGCUUCAGCUUUUGAUCAGAGAGCACCAAGCUGACAGUUUCUCAGAUGAAUUCAGGGCUGACAUGCGUAAGAUUCAUAAAGAUUUCAAGAACUUCCUUCAACCUUCUAUGAUGGCUAUGAUAGCGAGCGACCUAACUGCAGACGACUUGAAAACGCAUGCCAGUGGCCUGUUGAUAGGGUGGCAUUGCAUUAUAUCCCUUCAACGAUGGCUAACGCCCCAAGGCGUCAAUUCACAGAUGUACGGACAUCAGUUGUGCCUCAAGUUCUGUCAGCUCGAUAAAAAUCAUACUCAUGAUCAUGCGAUAACAACUGCUUUUGCGAUCCUCAAAGAGGAAUUCUUGUACAGCACAGAUGGUGCCCGGAGCGUGCUUUUGGAUAUAGUAACGGAAGCCUAUGUGGUUCUAUAUCCAGCAAUCGGCGUCGAAGGUCAAGCCUGCAUGGAUGCCAUUCUAGCCGACAUAUAUGGAGGACUAUCGGCUCGGGAAUUUACCCUUGUAACAAAGACAAUCUCUCAUUCGCUUUUGGAUGGCGAACACACCAUGGCAUCCUUACAGUGUAUGGUAGGCGUAUCCAUGUUAUUGUUACAAGAGAUUCCAACAACUACCUUCCCAAUUGCUCAAACCUUUACGACAUUCUGUAUAACGACAUUCGGGAGUAGGGAUGUAUUCAUCUCAAUGUCCCCGUUGAUCCGCCAGCAGGUACUCCGCUUCCUAGUUCAACGAUGCCGCGACCGACCAAUGACGCUACGACCAGUUGACGUCAGCGCGAUAUGGUCACUUAUAGCAAAGCUUCUGUCUGGUGCUCGAGAACAAGAUAAGAACACCUCGACGGCCACCUUCCAUGAUGUCGUCAUAGUCAUUCGGGCCCUUGUCCGUUUCCGACGCGACCUUGUCGUCCAAACCUUGCCCCAUCUCAGUUACAUUCUGCGACAGUUAUUGAUGACCAUGCGGAGACCACGCGCUCAGCUUGGGGCAAAGCAGAGCGCCAUGGUCGCACAGAGCUUCCCACCUUGGAUAACCCCCCAGCAACCUCUGGGCAACGAAGAAGCUAAGACACUUUCUCGACUCUUGGAAUCCUUGGCUACCAAAAACAUAGUCAAAGCCCAGUCAUCGAGUCGAGAGGUCCAAAAGGCGGAGUCUUUGGUGGGACCGUUUUCCAAGCAUGCUGCUUAUGUGUUGGCGGCACAUAUUAAUGCUGUCGGCGAUCCUCUUUGUGUCUUCCCGGCAAGUCUUCGGAAAGAAUUAGAGCCUGGCCUUUUCGCCUUGUGUGACAUGAUCAAUGAACACAGUCGAGACGCAAUCAUGCUAUCGUCUCUUGAUGCGGGUGGAAAAGCAAUGAUGAAAGCAUUGUGGAAGGACUACGAAAAGCAAAGAUAUAUCGGCAAAGGAUAA